AUGUACGCCCUGCCCCUCCGACCUCAGUGCGAAGCUACAUUUGCUCGAAAGGGCCUGUCUCCCAGCGCACAACGUCGAGCAUCCUUUUCCAACGAAAGUCCGGCUCGCGGACGAGAUCCUUGCGAAGAAGUUCCUGGUAGUGUUGAUACGCAGAGCAGAUUGAGCGGAACUGGUGCCGAAGUCCUAGUCCUGAGCUUGGGCAUGCGCGAAAGCUGUGCAAAGAGUUUCCAAGCAGCACUCUCCCAGUGUGGGCUUCUUGAGAUUGGUUCGAGCUUCACCCGUGGCGAGGAUGGUCGUGAUCGCAUCGUAGAUGUCGAUCGCCACUUCAACGCUCGGCUGGGUCGACAGCAUCAGAGUAGUGAGGCAGGGCAAUUUCGAAAUGAUGUGCGCUUCUUCCAUGCCGAUCCGGAAGCAAGACAAGUGCAGGAUGACCAGUCGCAAAAGCCAGCUCGUCAGAGACACCUCUUUGGUAGCAGCCAGGGUAAACGAAGCGUCGAUCCACCUUUUAGUCUCCAUAUACUUUUACUUACAAGAGCGAGUGUCCCAUUUGAUCCUCAAAGGAUCGAAAGGUUAGAGAAUUUUGACGCUUCAGCGGCCAAUUUGAUGGGGUACUUCAAGGAUACUCGGUCAAUCGCAGCCUCAUCGAGCUUCAAGGCACUGGUCAGUUGA